AUGAACAUGACUAGUCUCAACUUCGAUGAACAAGACGGGAUUUUGAGAACAAUUUCUGAUGCGCCGCCAACUCAUUACAUGAUCAAAAUACAGUCGCUUUCAUUGCUGUCUGUCCAUUCACUGGAGAAAUAUGAAUCAGGGGAGUUUGAAGCUGGAGGAUACAAAUGGAAACUGGUUUUCUAUCCAAAUGGAAACAAGAGCAGGAAUGUGAAAGAGCACAUCUCUCUCUACUUAGUAUUGGCCGGAGCAAAUGCCCCCAAGACUUGUUGGGAGGUGCAUGCUGCUUUCAGGUUGUUUUUGCUUGAUCAGAAUACUGGCAUGUACUUUGCUCUUCAAGAAAAAAAUGAAAGGCGCUUCCAUGGGAUGAAGCUUGACUGGGGAUUUGAUCAAUUCCUCCCUCUCAAAGCUUUUACUGACACUUCCAAUGGAUUUCUCAUGGAAGAUGCCUGCGUGUUUGGAGCGGAGGUCUUCGUUCGUAAAGAAAAAAGCACAUGCAAAGGAGAGUGUCUAUCAAUGAUCGAGGAUGCCGUUAUGUACAAGCAUGUUUGGAAAAUUUACAACUUCUCACAGUUAAACGCGGAGAGUAACUCACCAACAUUCAUUGCUGGAGACCAGAAAUGGAAGAUACAACUGUAUCGGAGGGGAAGAGACAGUGGGACUGGUAGCCAUCUCUCUCUUUAUUUGGCAUUAGCUGAUCCGACAUCUCUGCCUCCUACCUCUAAAAUAUAUGCAGAGUUUACCCUGCGCCUCAUAAAUCAACAGAACAGCAGCCUUCACUAUGCAUAUAGUAAAGUUAAUUGGUGGUUCAGUGCCUCCAGUCCCAUGCGGGGCUGGGGUAGAUUCAUUACAGUCGGAUGGUUCUAUGUGAAUCAGGCGAACUACCGGUACUUGGUGAACGAUAGUUGUACCGUGGAGGCCGAGGUCACUGUGCAUGGAACUGCUAGUGCGCUAGAGUAA